AUGGCUACGGCAACCGAAAAGCGUCCCGAGCCUGGUCCUACACAAUGUGUAGGGCCCGACUACCGCUCGGAAAGCCAAAAACCAAUUGCCACCGUCUCGACCGCCGUGAAGUUCGAGAAUGUUGUCACUUUGCCUCAGACACCACAGCUCAUAGCUCUGCUCACGAUGAUCCGCGACAAGAACACGGAACGCGCUGACUUCAUCUUCUACUCGAACCGAAUCAUUCGUCUGCUUGUGGAGGAGGGACUCAACCACCUCCCGGUCAUGGAGCACACCGUGACCACGCCCGUUGGUCGCACAUAUGCCGGCCUCAUGUUUCAGGGCAAAAUUUGCGGCGUAUCCAUCAUGCGAGCUGGCGAGGCCAUGGAGCAGGGUCUUCGAGACUGCUGUCGAUCGGUGAGGAUCGGCAAGAUAUUGAUCCAGCGAGACGAGGAGACCUCGAAGCCCAAGCUUUUCUACGACAAGCUGCCUGAAGACAUCGCGGAAAGAUGGGUGCUCCUACUCGAUCCAAUGUUUGCGACAGGUGGCUCCGCUAUCAUGGCCGUGGAUGUCCUCAAGUCUCGCGGUGUUCCCGAGGAGCGGAUUCUGUUCCUUAAUCUGAUCGCCAGCCCCGAAGGCAUCAAGAACUUUGCGAUCAAGUUCCAUAAAGUUCGCGUCGUCACAGCCUUCGUUGACCAGGGCCUCGAUGAGAAGAACUACAUCAUUCCUGGGCUGGGUGACUUUGGAGAUAGAUUCUACACCAUGUAG